AUGGGUAAACCCAAGGCCUUGCUCAAGGAUUUCAAGCCCAAGAAAAAAGCCGCCAAACAGCAGGCAGCAGUCACAGCUGAUGAUUUUCUUGCUGCGGGCGUUGAAUUAGAAGAGGCUGGCGAGAAAUGGCGCGCCGGCGAUGCCGCCAAAUCGAUGCGCUUCUUUAUGCGUGCCAUCUCCAACUAUGACGAGGGUCUGCAAAAAUAUCCAGCGGCCUUUGACUUGGCCUACAACAAAGCUCGUGUGCAAUAUGAAAUCACACAGCACCCAAAGCUGGCGGCACAGCUUCCCGCACCCCAGGCAGAGAUCCUGCAGGUUGCGCUGCAGUCGCAUCGGGAUGCACUAAAGCUAGAUCAGGACAAUCCAGAUGUUCUUUUCAACAGCGGACAGGUGCUAAACAGUCUGGCAGAGAUAUUGUCAGACUCGAAGCACCCCGGGGAGGAGCAACUGAUGCAGGCCAGCACCUAUCUGCAGGAGGCGAUCGAACUAUUCCAGCGAUGUCUAGUGUUGCAGGAGAUGAAGUAUACCGAGAUGCAAGAGCAGAUUGAAGAAAUGCAAUCAGUUGACCCGGAGACUCAGAUUCCGGAGCCGGCACCGCAGCCAGAGCAGCAGCAACCCGGCCAACCGGAUUCAAACGAUGAUCCGCAGGAGCAGUGGGCUGCAAUUGUUGAGCCGGUCACCAAGAACACGCUGGUCGACACAGCGGUCGCACAGAUCAAUACCCUAACCACUCUCUGCAAUCUAUUGACAUUCAAUCCCGAUGGCGGUGGCGUGGGUUGGGUGCAAGAGUAUUCGUCGGGGCUUAUUCAAACCCGACUUCCAGCUUAUGUGGAAGGCUCAGAUAGGCAGUAUGAGGCAGGACUGGCGCGCAGCAAAUUCAUCUGUGCGCUGCAUGAGGUACUUUACCGAGGUGGGCACACCGAUGUGCAGACCUACCGACAAGAAGUUGGACAGGCCUUUGGGCCGGAUUUGGAUGUGUCAGACGAUCCGGAAGGACUCUGCAGCAAGGCCGAGGCAUUGACAUCGAUGAAUGGAGCCUUUGCGGACGUUCCUCCUUACGAACCCGAAGACCUCAAGAAUUCCCUCAGUAUUCGCUGGCAAUCACUAUCGGUCGCCCUGGAUGCGUUGACAGCGGCAACUAAAUUGCCCAGUGCCGAGAACUUGCCGAAAAUCCAUCUCGCUAGAGGAGAUGUCGAAAUGCACCGCUGGCGCCUCGGAACAGAACCGUGGAACCACGCGAUAGCCCAGCAGAACGGGGCCAUGCUUGUGCGAAACGCCCAGACUUACUACCGAGGAGCAGCCGCCUUGGCUCGUCGAGAUGGAGCAGCGGAGGAAGAGCGUGAUGGAUCGUACAAGGAGGCGAUCGCAGCUGCACUGGAAGGUGAUAAGAGCAAGCUGGACCAGCUGAAGGCCAGGGGCUUGGAGAAAUUGAUAGGCGUGGCCCAGGAAAUGGUGGAGGACGGAUUGGUUGAGGGAACUGUAUUGAGUACCUUGAUCUCAUGA